CUAUGCUAGCUCCAUGGUUAGCCUGUUGCUACUUGACUAUAGACACUUCAGUGACAGCAGCGUGAGACAAAAAGGUGACGCUGCAAGAUAAACACAAAAACUCGGGGAAACGUCGAGGCUGCUGCUGGUGUCGUCUAUAUUUGUGUCCAAAAUGCAGUCUUCCAAACGCAGUGAGAGUGACUGGCAGGGGCUGGUCAGUGAGUUCCUGGUGUGUAAACGCAAACUGGAGAGUAAGAAGGAGGCGUUGCUUAUUCUAUCCAAAGAGCUGGACACCUGCCAACAAGAGCGAGACCAGUACAAGCUGAUGGCCAACCAGCUAAGAGAGCGCCACCAAGGGCUCAAAAAGAAGUACAGAGAACUAAUUGAUGGUGAUCCCUCUUUGCCACCAGAAAAACGCAAUCAAGUGAACUUGGCACAGCUUUUGAGAGACUCAAGGGAAAAAGGAAAGCAGCUCGGAGAGGAGGUUAAGGAGCUGACGCAGAGGCUUUCAGAGGCCCAGGGGGACAACAAGCUCCUCAGGAUGACUAUAACGCGUCAAAGACUUGGUGAUGAGGAGGUGGGAACGCGCCACUUUCCUGCACAUGAGCGUGAAGAUCUGGUCCAGCGGCUUGAGAGAGCAGGGCUGCAGAUGGAGGAGAUGGAAAACAAUGUAAAAGCACUGACGGAUGAGCUGCAGGAUGUCAAGGCAGAACGCAACGUGUACCGGGACAAGGCCAAGAGACUCAACACCGAACUCAACCACAUUUUAGGCAACAGCGACGCACGCCUUAUCGAUGUGGAUGCCCUCUGUAUGGAGAACAGAUAUUUGCAAGACCGUUUUAACCAAGUCCAGGAGGAAGUAAGUUUGCUGAAAUCAAACAUCAUGAAGUACAAGACUGCUCUUGAGAGACGAAAGAACAACUCAUAUGGGAAAGGCAAUAACGCUCCUCUCACUGGUGUCCUGUCUGCGAAACAAGUCCAGGAGAUGCUUCUGGAGGAGCAGGGCUGCAGUCUCCCAGCUACACCUCAGUCCAUCUCUGACCUCAAGUCCCUGGCCACGGCUCUGCUGGAGACCAUUCACGAGAAGAACCUGGUCAUCCAGCACCAAAGGCACACUAACAGGAUACUGGGGAACCGUGUGGCCGAUUUAGAAAAGAAGUUAAAAACAUUGGAAGUUUCGGGUCUUUGGAGUCUUCCAGGAGCACAAGACAAUAUGGCGGUGAAGGAGCGUCUACAACCAGAGCUCCAUCCUACACGUGUCACAUCACAGCCAAACAUGCUGUCACCCAAAGUGGUGCCAGACAGCAGAAGCACACAUGAAUCAUCAUGGGAGUGCCACACCGCUGGCAGCGACCUUGGCACAGAUGGCGUCAGCAGAGAAGACACACCUGCACUGCUCAGCAGCCUGGGUCCUCUCAUGGGGCUGGAGAUGAAUGGGAUUGACAGGACAGAGGGAGACAUGACCCUGACUGAAGAGGGAGCCCUGGUGGAGCUGGCCGAGGGGCGGAGUCCCGUAGAGGAGGCGGGACAUGAGGAGGAAGCUGAUGAUGAAGAACUGUGCUCCACUGUAGAGGAGGGAGAGGAGGCGGCUUUGGCUCUGGAUGCACCGCCCUCUGAACCAGACCUUUCAUGGCUCUCAAUUAGACCCUCAUCAGGUGAUCAUUGUACAGUACGUCAUGUGAACGGCUCUAACCAGGAUCAUGAAUCUCAUCAUGAAUCUAACCAGGACCCUGAGUCUAACCAGGACCCCCAGUCUCACCCUGAGCCCGCAGCUUGUGUGCAGAGCUCACAGCCAGUCCCAGAGAGGCAGACUGCAGAUGUGUCAAAUGCUGCCAACUGGGACAUUCAGACUGGAUCAGCCCAGACUGACGCCUGUCAUACUGAAAACCUGGUCUAAUCUGACAUCGAUCAAAGACUUUGGAAGGUUAUUUAAAUCCUUGUGGGUGACAUCCGUAUUGAUGACUGCAUUCAUCACUUGUAGUCACAUUCCUAAAACGUAGCAGAACUCGCUCACUUCCAGCCAGCAGCUCCCUCUAGUCAAUAAAACAGAGAAAACACUUUUACAGCCACCACUGACAGAGCCCGAGGUGCACUUUAUCCACACAGACUUGUUGCUCUGUGAGAACAGGCAAUCUAGAAAUCAAUGGAGUUGCAAACUUGAUGCCCUACAGAAAGAAUUUAGCUACAAAAAUAACAAAUACUGAAACCUGAACUCCUGCGCCCCAAACUCCCUCCUCUCCCUCCACCUCCCCUUCCUCCUUUUCCUCUCCCUCCUGCUCUCCUUCCUCCUCCUCUCCCUCCUGCUCUCCUUCCUCGUCUCCUUCCUCCUCUGUCUCCUCCUCUCCUUCCUGCUCUUCCUCCUCUCCCUCCCGCUCUCCCUCCUCCUCUCCCUCCUGCUCUCCUUCCUGCUCUCCUUCCUCCUCUCCUAUCUCCUCUCCUUCCUCCCUCCUCUCCCUCUGCUUCCUCCUCUCCCUCCUCUCCCUCCUGCUCUCCCUCCUGCUCUCCCUCCUGCUCUCCCUCCUGCUCUCCUUCCUCCUCUCCUAUCUCCUCUCCUUCCUCCCUCCUCUCCCUCCUCUCCCUCCUUCCCUGAGAACAUAAAAUCCCUGCUGUUUGCUUUGCUCUUCCAAAGGGGCUCAUGUGCAGUGAGGACUUUGUUCUUUGAAUAGUAAUAAUUGCAGUGCAUAUGAUGUAUGUUCUGAGAGCGGUGUGUACGAGCAUGUAAAUGGGUCAUUUCAAAUAUGAGAAAUAUUUCCAGAAGAAAGAUGAUGCCAAGAGACUGACUACAUGUGCCUUAGCAAGAAAACAUCUUGUACUAAUUUAUAA